UACAAGUGAAAGAAAUCAAAGGAUUAAGGUUUAAGGAUGUCAUCAGAAACUGCAGCUGCACCUUCUGAAACUGAAGCAGCUAGAGCGAAUCUCCUAAAAAGAAAUUCAGAUGAUGUUGGAUGGGAAUAUGGUGUUCUUGUUGAUGCUAACAACAAAGACAAGGUGAAGUGUAAAUUCUGUGACAAGGAGAUGAGGGGAGGGAUUUAUAGGUUGAAGGAGCAUCUUGCCCAUGUUGGAAAGAAUGUGAAGAAAUGCACGUCUGCAACACCGCAGGCUCUAGAGGCUAAAGAGAAGUGCAAGAAAGCAAUUGAGGCUGCAAAAAGGAAGAGGGAGGAGAAGACUGUUCGUGAGCUAGAACUUAGAGAGGAAGUGAAUGUAUCUAGGGUUGGAGAGGAGUCAGAAGAAGUCACUUGUGUUGGAAGCUCACAGCCUCACAAAUUAGGGCCAAUUGACAAAUGGACACGUGCUAUUGAUCCUACCAAGGCUGAUUCAUUCAAACAACAGCAGCUGAACAAGGAACUAUGGAAAGAAAGAGAGCAUGAGGUGCACAAGUUUAUUGCAAGAUGGGCCUAUAAUCAUGGAAUACCUUUCAAUGCAUGUGACAAUGAUGAGUUCAAGCAAAUGUGUGAAGCAAUUGGACAAUUUGGACCAGGACUUACACCUCCAACUCAAGAUGCCUUUCGAGGUAGUUUGCUGGAAGAAGAAUAUGAAAGAACCAAGUGUUUGCUGCAGGAACGUGAAGCCGAGAAGAUGAAAAAUGGUUGCUCUAUUAUGACCGAUGCUUGGUCAGAUAGAAAGAGGAGAAGCAUAAUGAAUAUAUGCACUAAUUGUGCUGAUGGAACCUCCUUCAUCAGCUCAAAAGAGAUGUCAGAUGUGUCACACACAAGCGAAGUCAUUUUUGAAUUAGUGGACAAAGCAAUUGAAGACAUUGGUGAAGAAAAUGUGGUGCAAGUAGUCACUGACAAUGCCUCUAACAACAUGGGAGCAAAGAAGCUAUUGCUUGAGAAGAGACCACAAAUAUUUUGGACCUCUUGUGCAGCUCACACAAUCAACUUGAUGCUCCAAGGAAUUGGCAAAUUGCCUCGGUUCAGGAAAGUGAUUGACCAAGCAAAGUCAUUUACCAUAUUUGUGUAUGGCCACACAAGAACAUUGGAGUGCUUGAGAUACUUCACAGAGGGGAAAGAGCUAGUGAGGCCAGGAGUGACUAGGUUUGCUUCAUACUUUCUCACUUUGAACAGUAUGCAAGAGAAGAAGGACCAGUUAAGGAAGAUGGUAGUUCAUAGCAGGUGGGACUCAUUAAAGGAUGUGAAAUCAAAGAAAGGAAAAGAGGCCACAGCUACUAUAUUGAGUCCAGCCUUUUGGAAGGAUGUGAAGCUAAUGUUGGCUGUUUUUGAGCCAUUGGUCAAAGUCCUCCGUUUGGUUGAUGGGGAUGUGAAGCCAUCCAUGGGUUUCCUUUAUGGAGAGCUACUAAAGGCAAAAAGAGAGAUCAAAGAGGCCUUUGGCAAUGUUGAGUCUCGAUUCAAAGAUGUUAUGGCUGUAAUUGAGAAGAAGAUGAAUGGAAGACUUGAUUCUCCAUUGCAUUUGACAGCUUUUUUGCUGAAUCCACACUAUAGCUAUGCUAACCCAUCAAUAUUUGAUGAGCCCAAAAUGAAUGAAGCCUUCAUAUCUUGUGUCGAGCAAUUUUAUUAUCAUGAUGAGGACCAACAAGAACAGGCUGCCAACUUUGAAUUGAAAAAAUUUCAGAAUAGAGAAGGACCAUUUAGCAAGAAGCUUGCAAGAACUUUUCAAAACUAUGAUUACAAUCCAGGUAGAGCAUCAUGGUGGCGGUUAUAUGGAACUGAAACACCAGCUUUACAAAAGAUGGCUACAAGGAUAUUAUCUUUGACAUCAAGCUCUUCUGGUUGUGAAAGAAAUUGGAGUGGGUUUGAAGGGAUACACACUAAGAAGAGAAAUAGGCUGACUACAACCCGCCUCAACAAGUUAGAAUAG